AUGCCAGGAGAUGAGAGAUCGGCCCAUUCCUGGGAUCGACAGGAUGAGUUCGAAGCUCAAUCGCUGCUUCCGACUUCGAGCGAGCAGCAUGGCCCGGUAGCUCCCACCGGACUUGGAAUCCAAGGCACGAGUGCACCUGCGACCACAAGCACACCCGCUAUUCCCUCAAAAAGUACCUCUAAUGGAAAACGUCACUCCUCGAUAUCGAUGCCUACCCCGGAUGGACAGCGCCGCACCCCCCGCACGGCCAAUCGUGUUCGAUUCGACUUGGACGAGCAAUCAGAAGGGAACCAUCGUUCGAAUGGCCGUGUCCACAGUCCAGACGAUGAUGCGCGGUGGCUAGACGAGGAGGAUUAUGAGCUUGGAAACCAGGACGCGCCCGGCGCGCGUAAUACGGGACAGGCGAUGCCUCUGCUCACCAACGUCGAAGCUCCCAGCGUGGCAAUCGCAACCUCGGACGAGUUCUUCGCCGAAGAACACCUGGCGGAUGUCGCGCGACGCGGUGGAAUGAGGACGGCGUUUAUGAACAUGGUCAACAUCAUCGUCGGAGCGGGCAUUAUUGGACAACCCUAUGCGAUUCGACAAGCGGGGCUGGCAACGGGACUCGUGCUGCUGGCGGGCUUGACCGUCACGGUGGACUGGACAAUCCGGUUAAUCGUGGUGAACUCGAAGCUCAGUGGAGCCGAUUCAGUCCAGGCUACCAUGCAGUAUUGCUUUGGCAAAGGUGGUCUUAUUGCCAUCUCCAUCACCCAGUGGGCAUUUGCGUUUGGCGCCAUGGUCGCCUACUGUGUUAUUGUCGGUGAUACCAUUCCGCGUAUUCUAGACGCCUUGUUUCCAUCGCUUCGGAAUAUUUCUUUCCUCUGGCUUCUGACUAACCGUCAAGCUGUAAUCAUCAUAUUUGUCAUGGGCUUCUCCUACCCAUUGUCGUUGUAUAGAGACAUCGCCAAGUUGGCAACAGUGUCUACGCUGGCAUUGGCUAGUAUGCUGAUCAUCGUGGUCACAAUCAUCACGCAAGGCUUUCGAGUUCCAGCGGAGUCCCAGGGAGAGAUCAAAAGUAUUCUCCUCAUCAACUCAGGUUUUUUCCAAGCUGUGGGUGUGAUAUCAUUCGCUUUUGUGUGCCACCACAGCAGUCUUAUGAUCUAUGGCUCCUUGCAGAAGCCGACACUGGACCGCUUUGCGACGGUCACCCAUUACUCAACCGGCGUAUCCUCGCUGUUGUGUGUAGUGAUGGGUGUUUGCGGCUUUCUUGCCUUCGGGUCCAAAACACAGGGCAACAUUCUGAACAACUUUCCAUCUAGUAACGUCUUAGUCAACAUAGCCCGACUACUCUUUGGUCUGAAUAUGCUUACCACUUUGCCACUGGAAGCUUUCGUCUGCCGAGCGGUCAUGACAACCUAUUAUUACCCAGACGAACCGUACAGCCUCAAUCGGCAUGUGGUGCUUACCACAUCGUUAGUUGCGGCUUCGGUAGUCGUGUCCCUGAUAACCUGCGAUCUUGGUCUGGUUUUCGAGCUCAUCGGAGCAACCAGCGCUGCAGCCCUUGCGUUCAUAUUUCCGCCUCUCUGCUACAUAAAGCUCAGCGGCUCCAGUCGUCGAGACAAGCUACCAGCCUACAUUUGCGUCGUCUUUGGUUUCCUUGUCAUGGUAGUCAGCGUUGUACAGACGAUUGCCAACGCUAUGAACAGCGAUGGUGGCGGUCAGACUUGCGGCAGCCCUUGA